AUGCAAGAGCCCGAGAUCUUCGAGCAGCCCGUGGCCGCCAAGGAUCCCGAGGCCGCUAUCCCCGGCGAUGAGAACAACACGUACCAAACUGGAUACAGCAGCGGGUUCCAGACAAAUGGUAACGGCGAAGAGUCCUCUCUGGAGGACUACCACGACUUUGUCUAUCCCGAAGCUUUCCUAAUCAUCAACCGUGUUGUCGGUGCGGGAAUUUACUCGACGCCGUCCUCAAUUAUCCACUACACAGACAGCGUCGGCCUGACUCUGAUAUUUUGGGUUAUCGGAGGCUUCAUGACACUUUUCGUAUAUCUUGAAUAUGGAACUGCGCUGCCCCGGUCCGGAGGCGAGAAAGUCUACUUAGAGCGAGUGUUCCGAAGGCCACGGUAUCUGGCGACAUGCAUUUUUGCUGUGCAAUUCGUCCUCUUCGCCAUCUCCAGUGGUGGCUCUAUUAGCUUCAGCAGCUAUCUGUUGAGGGCUGUCACCCCCGAACGAGACUCCAGAGACGGCUCCUGGCUGAAUCGAGGAAUUGCAGUUGCGGCUAUCACCGGUGUCUGCUCCAUCCACGCCUUCACUCCGCGAUUGGGGAUAUGGCUUAGCAAUGGCCUCGGGGCCUUCAAGCUUGUCCUUCUUUCCCUCGUGGUGUUCACCGGCUUUGCGGCCCUGGGAGGGCGGAUGGUAGCACCAAGCCCUGGAAACUUCUCAAAUGGCUUCCGCGGGCCGAGUAUUAAUGGCCCCACAACGGAGGACACGGCAGGAACAGCCGCCGGGUCCGCUCUCGCUCUCCUCCAAGUGCUGUACACAUACAGCGGGUGGGAAAACGCCAACUACGUCCUGACAGAGGUGCGAAAUGCGCCCAAGACGUUGAGAAGGGCCGCGCCUAUUGCCGUGGCGACGGUAACGGUCCUCUAUCUGUUGGCAAACAUUGCCUAUUUUGCCGCCAUGUCCAAGAGCCAGUUGGCCGGGUCGGGGACUGUCGUCGCUGCCCAGUUCUUUCAGAACGUAUGGGGAGACAAUGCGUUUGCGACACGGGCCUUGCCCGUGUUCAUCUCUCUGUCGGCGCUAGGCAACGUGUUUGCCCAGUCCUUUGCCAUGCCGCGGGUGAAGCAGGAGCUCGCCAAGGAAGGCAUCCUGCCAUUCUCGCGGUUCUGGGCCAGCGACUGGCCGAUGCAUGCCCCUUCUGGCGCUAUCUUACUGCACUGGAUCUUCACGACGGCGCUUAUCCUAGGAUCGCAGACGCCCGACGUCUACACCUUUGUCACCAACGUGUUUGUCUACAGUGGCAAUUGGAUCAAAGUGUUCCUGGGCGUCGGACUCGUCUAUCUCAACUUUACGCCGUCUGAGCGGUGGGCAGAGCAGCGAACAAAGGUCCACAUCUCGCCCAUCUUGGUGCUGUUGUGGAUUGUUUCGCUGCUGUAUGUGCUGGCGGCGCCCUUCAUCCCCAACAAUCUGUCGGGCGCGGUCAAGUUCUUUGUUGUGCCUACGUUGGGCACCAGUCUGCUCGUCAUCGGCAUAGGCUACUGGCUGGUCUGGGCCAAGGUGCUCCCGGCCUUUGGCUUCCACAUCCAGCACGAGAUCGUGCAAAUGCCCGACGGCAGCGAGCGCGUCAAGUACAAGAGUACAACCCAAGUCUACGACGCCGCCGUGGUUGCAAAUGGCCACUUUGAGGUGCCAUCGAUGCCCGAAAUUGACGGCUUGGCCGCUUGGACCCAACAGCACCCCGACAGCGUGUUGCAUUCGCUGACUUACAGGAACGCCGCUGUGUUCAAGGACAAGAAAACCAUUGUCGUUGGAACUGGCGCAUUCGGAAGCGAGAUAGCUACCUGCCUCGAAGGCGUCUGCAAACAGCCCGUUCUGACGAACUCGGCCUACAUCGAGACGCUUCUUGCCGCCGGCGCGCGGCCCGACGACCAGAACGCCUGGCAAGUCAGCGCGCUCGUGUACACCAUGCGCAUCGAGAGCGCCGCUGCGGGCGAUGCGACCCAGGUGGCUUGUCUGGCGGAAUACGGCGCCCGGCCGAGAUCGCCAGAGGGCGGGCUGUUUGCACUGCUGCUGAGCCAGAUGCUGCUGUCCGGGCGGCAUGUCGACGUGGCGGCAGUCCUGCUUGAUCGCUUUGUUAACGAUGAUGAUGACGACGACGACGACGACGUAUUUUUCGAGUCACUAGAGGUGCAGAACGAGUUAUAA